UGAAUCCAGUGGUGUAUGACUCUGUGCCAGUGAAUCCCGUGGUGUAUGACUCUGUGCCAGUGAAUCCAGUAGUGUAUGACUCUGUGCCAGUGAAUCCAGUGGUGUAUGACUAUGUGCCAGUGAAUCCAGUGGUGUUUGACUCAGUGCCUGUGAAUCCAGUGGUGUACGACUCUGUGCCAGUGAAUCCCGUGGUGUAUGACUCUGUGCCAGUGAAUCCAGUGGUGUAUGACUCUGUGCCAGUGAAUCCAGUGGUGUAUGACUCUGUGCCAGUGAAUCCAGUGGUGUAUGACUCUGUGCCAGUGAAUCCAGUGGUGUAUGACUCUGUGCCAGUGAAUCCAGUGGUGUAUGACUCUGUGCCAGUGAAACCCGUGGUGUAUGACUCUGUGCCAGUGAAUCCAGUGGUGUAUGACUCUGUGCCAGUGAAUCCCAUGGUGUAUGACUCUGUGCCAGUGAAUCCAGUGGUGUAUGACUCUGUGCCAGUGAAUCCAGUGGUGUAUGACUCUGUGCCAGUGAAUCCAGUGGUGUAUGACUCUGUGCCAGUGAAUCCAGUGGUGUAUGACUCUGUGCCAGUCUACCCUCAAUAA